AUGUCUUUGCCGAUUUCACCAAAGAGACAGGAAAGGGAGGAUCUAUUAUUCACUGUCGGUGAUGCCAAAAGACAUCGCGUCUUUGAUCCAAGAUGGCUUGCAAGUGAGAAACAUUAUGAUGACUACAAGGUCAAAAACCCAAUGGGCCAAAUGGGCAUGUACGCAUAUUACGGCAAGACAAGGUAUGCAUAUAUCAUCACUUCAGAGACUGUUACAGUCUUCCGAUUCUUUCUUAUUACAGCUCCGGAAGAUGGAAUGAAACUCGCAAUGGGGGCUCAGUACAAGUAUUUCAGCUGGAAUGAAAAUCCGAAAAUGGUUUCAAAGGCCAUAUGGGCCUUGGCCAUGUUCAGCAUGAACGAUCACGAACGAGACGUUGUUGCAUUUGAUCAAAUGCAAUCAAUCGAACAGUGGUGGGAGAGAGCCAAUCCAUAUUGUCCGAAAAUAAUAGAGAAUGUUAAGCUCGCCAAGAGACGGUUAUCCAAAAAACGAGGCACUACGCAAGAUGUUUUGAGGAGUGUCCAGGAGGGCCGUAUCAAAAAAGGCCCUCGAAAGCUCAGCACACUGAAGCUAGGUGACUCGGCCAUUGCUGUCUUGUCAGAUCAAGUGACUUUGACUGGGGAUCACAGUCCAGGACGCUCUUCGCCGAUCAAUACAUCCAAGUCCGAAUCAUUUGAACAGCACAUUGAUUUGAAAAGGAAACCCGCCACACUGCUCGAACAGAAGCAGCAGAAACCGCGGCCUGCAAAGACGAUACAAGGAAAAUUGAACAAGAUUGAAUUAAGGGUUCCGAAGAAAAAGGUCAGCCAAAUGCAAGUACAAUAA